UGAACCUUUCGAUUAUCAAGUUCGAAGUAUCUAUAUAGUUGUAUCGACCCGGCGAAAUAAGCCAGUGCUAGCGCAUCCCGCUAGCAAAGGAAAACAUGAGUGCCGCACGAGGGCCCUCGCAGGACGUCCCUCCGGGGGGUCCACCAAGAACUUCUGCCGAAUUAAGUUGCAGCGAUUUACUGACGCCGUCAGUAUUUUU